AUGUUCUGGAAAAAGAAGGCACCUCCUAUAACACAAGAGGAAUACCAGAGUCGUCUGAAUAGCCGCAGCGAGCUGGUUCGAGGCAAGCUGGAGACGAUAGAGAAGGAGCUCUUUCGUUGUCGGCAGCAGAUGCGGACGGCACCAAAGGGAAGCGCUGCCUACCGCACGGCCGAAGCACGCGCCCUGCUCUGCUUGAAACAUCGGAAAAUGCUCGAAAACCAAAUGGGGGUCUACACAAACCAAACGCUAACAAUGGAUCAGGUACAGUUUGCGAACGAAAACCUCCGUAUGGCGCGAGAGUCUGAGCAGCAAAUGCGAGUCUCGCGGAAGCAGCUUGCAAAGCAGCUCAAACAUACGAACGUGGACCGUCUUGAGGACGCUGCAUAUGAGCUUGCAGACGUGCUUCAGGAUACAGACGAGGUGCAAGAGGUUCUCGGACGUUCCUACCACGUUGACGCCGAAUUUGACGAUGUGGAGCUUUUAGCUGAGCUUGACUCCCUCGAGUCGGAAAUGGCACAGGACCAAAUGAUGCGUACAGAAAAAGGUUCCGUUCCCGUGUAUCUCCAGGAUCAUGAAGAACCUGUGGAGGAAUCCUCUAGGAAUGCGCCUUGGCUUGGUGAAUCGAAGUGGUCUCCUGAAAUGGAACUGGCAACACGCGCGCCACCUGUACCACGUGAUCCGCUACCGCGUUCCACAGUAGCUGGGGAAGCAGCUUCCGGACGGUCUCAUGCACCUCAAGCAAACGAGGAUGAACUUGCUUCCCUGAGACGCAGCAUGGCGGUCUAA